UCAUACAUAUAGUUUUCUCUCACUAUAUAUCUCCCUUUCAAAAAAACAAAAUCCAUUAAACUUACACAACUCUUUAACCCUUUUUCUUGUUCAACAAAACCCAAGUUUCCUUUUUUGUUUUUGUUUCCAGAUAUAGAGAAAUAUUUGUUGUAUAUAGAGUUGAGUAGGGUGGUGGGGGGAGGUUGAAAUGAAUCGAAUGUGAUGGGAGGAGGUUUUUCACAGUUGUUUCCUUGUUUAAACCGGGCUGAACCGGAAGUAAUCUUUACAACCGGUGAACCGCUUGAUGAAACCCUUGGUCAUUCUUUCUGUUAUGUAAGGUCAUCUGCCCGGUUUAUUUCUCCUACUCAUUCAGAUCGAUUUCUUUCUCCUUCUCACUCACUCCGGUUCGAUGAACCGGCCCCCGUAAGACCUAAACCGGCCGGUUUAGGACCAGAAACCGGGUUUCGUGCUAUUUCUGGUGCUUCUGUUAGUGCUAAUACUUCUACUCCUAGAACUGUCCUUCAACUUGACAAUUAUUACGAGGAUGCCACUGACAGUAAUAAAGGUAGUGUUGUUAAUGGGUUUGAAAGUACGUCGUCGUUUAGUGCUUUACCUCUUCAACCUGUGCCACGUGGCGGUGUUGGAGUUGGAACUGAACCGUCCGGUUUUUUCAUGUCCGGUCCGAUUGAGCGUGGUGCGUUAUCUGGACCGCUUGACAAUACUACUACGGCCGGUUCAGAGAGUAACCGGGUUCCUUUUUCAGCUCCGUUAGGUGGUGUUUAUGUUAAAAAAAGGAGAAAAAAGGGUAUUUCGGGUAUUAAAAAAGCGUUUUACAGGAAUUUUUCCGAAAAGAAACGACCAUGGGUAGUGCCUGUGAGGAAUUUUGUUAGUGGUGGUAAAAAGGAUAGUAGUAAUGUUGAGUGUACACAUGAUUCAGAUUUGCGUAGCGAAGAAUCGAAUGUACAAUGGGCAUUGGGUAAAGCAGGUGAGGAUCGUGUACAUGUGGUUGUAUCGGAAGAACAUGGUUGGCUGUUUGUUGGAAUAUAUGAUGGUUUUAAUGGACCUGAUGCGCCUGAGUUCUUGAUGAGUAAUUUAUACAAAGCUAUGUAUAAAGAAUUGGAAGGUUUAUUUUGGGAUAGUGAAGAUAAUAAUACUGAAGGGGCAAAUUUAAAUCAAGAAAGGGGAUUAAUUGCUGAGAAUUCGAGGAUACUUGAUUCUAAUGAAGCACCCGGGACAACUACUAGUGAAAAUGAGGUGAAUUUGGAUAGAAGGCCGUCAAAGAAGGUGACGUUUGAAUCGGGGGAGAUAGAAGUUAGGAGGAGGAGAUUGUGGGAAUUUUUAGCGGAAGAGGAUCCGGAAGACGGGCUUGAUCUUUCGGGUUCGGAUAGAUUUGCGUUUUCGGUAGAUGAUGCGUUGAGUGUAAAUAGUGCUGGUUCAGCGGUGAAUAGGAGGUCGUUGCUGUUAACGAAAUUGAAACAUGGGUUGUUAAGUAAGCGUAAAGAGAGUAGUAAGAAGUUGUUUCCGUGGAAAUUUGGGUUGGAAGCUAAGGAGAAAGUCGAAGAGGAGGAGGAGGAGAAUAGAGUUGAGGAGGAAAGGACUAGUAGUAGAAAUGAGAGGAGGCGAAAGACGGGUCCGGUUGAUCAUGAGUUGGUUUUGAGGGCAAUGUCUAGGGCUCUUGAAGUUACUGAGUUGGCGUACUUGGAUAUGACGGAUAGAGUUCUUGAUCGAUAUCCCGAGCUAGCACUUAUGGGGUCUUGUUUGUUGGUUGCUUUAAUGAGAGAUGAAGACGUGUAUGUAAUGAAUUUAGGAGAUAGUCGGGCUAUUGUAGCAAAAUAUGAGUCUGAGGAGGGUAGUUCUGCUUCAAAAUCCAAAGUUCCGUCUAAUGGCGAAUUGGCUGUUGAGGGCAUUGUUGAAGAAUCCACGAGUAACUUCAAUGAGGAGAAUAAGGUGACAAAUGAGGCACCUGGUCCGAGUAUGAAGCUGACUGCAUUGCAAUUAUCCACUGAUCACAGCACUAGUAUUGAAGAAGAAGUUAUUAGAAUUAAGAGUGAGCACCCAGAUGACAGCAAUUGCAUUGUCAAUGAUCGAGUAAAAGGUCGUUUGAAGGUCACUCGUGCUUUUGGUGCAGGCUUCCUCAAACAGCCUAAAUUCAAUGAUGUAUUGCUAGAAAUGUUUCGGAAUGUGUACAUUGGAAAUGCUCCUUACAUUUCUUCUACACCUUCGUUGCGCCACCAUAGACUCUGUCCAGGGGAUCAGUUUUUGGUGCUCUCCUCAGAUGGCUUAUACCAAUACUUGAGCAAUGAAGAGGUGGUCUCUCAUGUGGAGAAUUUCAUGGAGAAAUUUCCAGAUGGAGAUCCUGCUCAACACCUGAUUGAGGAGCUUUUACUCCGUGCAGCCAAGAAAGCUGGAAUGGAAUUGCAUGAAUUGCUGGAUAUCCCUCAAGGAGAUCGCAGGAAGUACCAUGACGAUGUUACUGUUAUGGUGAUAUCUCUUGAAGGAAGAAUUUGGAAGUCGUCAGGGAAAUACCUUUGAGUUUUUACAACUGUUGGCAUCUGUGCCAGCAAUGUUAUCCAUGUGUAAUGCUGCUGCAAUUUUGAUCUUUUGAGUUGAGAUCUUGGGUAACAGCCGGGAAGCUGGAUAAUCUCCCAGUUUCUUGGGCGUUUUGAGGAUCAUUUGAAGUCAACAGAAGCACAGUGGUCUGCUUAUCCUCUUGACAAACAGCCAAAACUAGUGCUAGAUAUUGGGGAAGGCUCAGUGAAAGUAGAAUUUCUGUAGUUGGGACUGCUCUCUUAGAAAGAAAGAAACCGGACCCUUUUUAUUUAUUUCCUUUUCUAGAUUUUGCAUAGAGGAUACUUUCAUUCAUUCAAGUUCGUUUUUUUCUUUCUUUUCUUCUUUUGUUCAUCCUCAUUUCUACUUUUUACAGCUUGUAAUCAGGUUGGUGACUUAGUUACAGAGCGUUAGGCGAUAAUCUGUAUUUUGGAGGUGGAUUUCCACCAAUGCGGUUUACAGAAGAGAAUUGUUGUUGA